CACUAGUUUUACUUUGGGCUUAUAAUCCAACCUUGACCUUAGCACCUGUGCAAGAUGCUGUCAUCCAGGGCCCGUCAGCUGCUUUGUGUUGCUCAAAGGUCUGGAAAUCUCGUUAAAAAGCAGUUUGCUGCUGCUGCAUCAACUGAUGUGAACCCAUUUCAUUUUCAAGACAUUUUCGAACUGGAAAAGAAACCAGACUUACCAUGGAAGAAACUUACAGGUGAUUAUGUGUCCACAUUCGAGGUAAAAGGCAAGCGAUGCCUGCAGGUUGAACCAGAGGCACUAACCAUGAUAGCUGAACAGGCCAUGAUCGACAUUGCACAUCUCCUCAGGCCUGCUCACCUUCAGCAACUUUCAAACAUACUGAAGGACCCUGAAUCAUCCAGCAAUGAUAAGUUUGUAGCCCUGGAGCUGCUGAAGAAUGCCAGUAUUGCUGCCAACAUGGUGCUACCAGGCUGCCAGGACACAGGGACAGCUAUUUGCAUGGGGAAGAAAGGACAGUAUGUAUGGACGGAGGGAAAUGAUGCAGAGGCCAUUUCAAGAGGCAUCUAUAACACAUACACACAGAAGAACCUAAGAUAUUCACAGGUUGCUCCACUGAACAUGUACAAAGAGGUGAACACCAAAACCAAUCUGCCCGCCCAGAUUGAGAUCUACUCUACCCCCGGGGGUCAGUAUGACUUCCUCUUUAUCGCCAAGGGUGGUGGCUCGGCGAACAAGACAUUUCUCUUCCAGCAGACCAAAGCACUGUUGAACCCUGAGAAAUUGUUGAAGUUUGUCAAUGAGAAAGUAAAGACACUGGGCACAGCAGCCUGCCCUCCAUACCAUCUCGCUUUUGUUGUGGGUGGUACAUCAGCGGAAUUUAACCUGAAGACAGUCAAACUGGCCUCAACUAAAUAUCUCGAUACACUGCCAACAUCGGGUAACGAACAUGGCCGAGCCUUCCGUGACCUGGAGCUUGAACAGGAGAUCCAUAAAUUGACUCAGAAAAUGGGAAUCGGUGCCCAGUUUGGGGGCAAGUACUUCUGUCAUGAUGUGAGGGUGGUUCGCCUUCCCCGGCAUGGGGCAUCAUGCCCGGUGGGACUGGGUGUAUCAUGUUCAGCUGACCGGCAGAUAGUGGGAAAGAUCACAGAGGAGGGAGUAUUCCUUGAACAGCUGGAGACCAACCCUGACAAGUUCCUGCCGGAAAUCAAGGAUGAUGAACUCGGAGGCGAGGUGGUCAAGGUAGAUCUGAACCAGCCAAUGCCUGAGGUUCUUAACCUGCUCAGCAGCUAUCCAAUCAGAACGAGGCUCAGCCUGAAUGGUACGUUGAUAGUGGCCCGAGAUAUCGCACACGCCAAGCUACAGGAGAGGCUGGAUAAGGGGGAGGGACUUCCAGAAUACAUGAAGAACCAUCCGGUAUACUAUGCUGGGCCUGCCAAGACACCUGAUGGUUAUGCUAGCGGUUCAUUUGGCCCAACCACUGCGGGCCGUAUGGACAGUUAUGUGGACUCGUUCCAAGCAGCAGGGGGCAGUAUGAUCAUGCUGGCAAAAGGAAACAGAAGUAAACAGGUGACAAAUGCUUGCAAGAAGCAUGGAGGAUUCUACCUGGGAUCUAUUGGCGGCCCAGCAGCCAUCUUGGCCAAGAACUGUAUCAAGAAAGUGGAAGUCAUGGAGUACCCGGAACUCGGUAUGGAGGCAAUCUGGAAGUGUGAAGUAGAGGACUUUCCUGCAUUCAUUGUAGUGGACAACAAAGGCAAUGACUUCUUUAAGGAGUGGCAGGUCGAGUGAUUUACACCUCUGUUACAGUGGAGAAGUCAUGGAAGUUCCGGAUGAUACGUUGAAGCUAUACAUCUUCACGAAAUGUUUAGAUUUGGGCCUUUUAUCCUAUGUGUUACAGUGACACACUUAUUCAAAAUCAAUACAUACACAUGUAUAACAAACAUAAUUUUUAAGUGUUAAACCUUUAACUACUUACAUAAUAAUGCAUUUAUGUAAAAUAUUAAUUACUGAUAACAAGAUUGAAACCAUGUAUUUAAUAACUGAAACGCAAAAAUAUUAAAUGAUUGGUGAUUGCUAAAAAAUUAACUGCGAUUUACUAUCCUCUCAUAAGGUUGAAAUACAGUGUUUUUUGCACCUUUCUUUCAAAUUAAACUUGGUAUUCUUCAUGAAAACCAUUGUUUUCGACUUAUUUUCAUCCUUUUUGGUAUAAUUAAACAAUUAUAUUAAUUGUGGUAAAUCUUUUUUUAAGAGUGCAUCUUUAAACAUAAAGGAUUUUGUUUUGGUUAUUUUAACCAACAAUGAGUAAAGCAUUCUCCCUUUGUUUUCUAUAUUAACUUUUGUUUUUAAAGCAUUCAACAUUGGCAAAUAAACGAAUCAGUGAACAUUAAUUAGGCCUCAUCACCUUAUUAAACAAGGCCAAUGGCCCAAUUCUCCAUGAUUAUUAGUGAUAGUUAUGAUCUGGUCCUGGUUAGCAACCCUAGCAUUAGACAGCUUAUGUGAUUUUGAUGUAAAAUUUGAUAUCCUUUGUUAUUGUAAAACUGUAAUAGUGUACAUCAUGAAAGUUGCUAUUGUUGUACUAUGUUAGUUUUAAGAUGGCUUUUAUGAGGACAAUUGUAAGAGGGGUUCAAUGACUGUGAUUAGAAAAAUAUUUACCUUUUAGACAGAGUGAUAUAAAGUUCGAACUUCAUGGAUAUUUUGCCUUUCAGUCAAUAUUACUUUAAUGAGGGGCGAUCUAAACUUUGUCUUCAACUGUAAUUCUCUAAUCUAUGCAGGAAAUACACAACAGCAGAGUCCAUAUGUUUUUUUUAUCGCCCCUCUUAUUUAAAAAAAAUAAAUAUUAUAUGUUGCUUAUAUAUUCAUGCUUUGGUUGCGUUAUUUGCACUAGAGCUGCUGUAUUUCUUUCAUGUAUUCCUUUCAGAAGUCGAGUAAGUGCUCUGUUUCUAUUUAUUCUGCAAUUAUGUUAAUGCUUUUUAUUUUUUUAUUUAUGGUAUGUAUUAAAAUACAUCAUAAAAUAUUUUCUGUUAUGACACUUCGGGUAUGGCAUGUGAAACGAAGUGUGUCAUUUAUAGUAAUAAAAUGAUUUCAAAACUG